AUGUCAGUGCAUUGUACGUGUGCCUUUGUUUUGUGUUUUUAAUUUUGGAUUAUUAAAUUCAAUUUUCAAAAAUGAUUUGAUUUGAAUAUUAGUUAUAGUUGUGUUUAUAAACAAAUUUGAUCAUUAAAUACUAUUGGUGCAAUUUGUAUGUGUUAGCUGCUAAUUGUUUAUUACAAACCUAAAUACUUAGGUACCUCUACUUACCUAUCCUCCUAUCCUAAAUUCAAUCCUAAAAUGUCAGCUAAACAUUGCAUAUUUAAAUUGAAUAAAACUGAUGAACAAGAAGAUUCAUUGAAAUCUCCUUGCUUUCAAAUUUCUAAAAAUGUUGAACUUAAAGAAAUACCGACAACAGGUGAAGAGUACCUAUUAAAGGUAAUGAAUGAGAGACGAAACCAUGCCACAGUCACCAGGUGUAACAUAGACUGCUCAAAAUUUUCCCGGAAUCAGUCGUGCUUUGUCGAACAGGUCCCUCCCAUGAAAGCACCAGAUAAUUUAAAACCAACUAUAGAAUGGCAAAAUGUACAAGUUGCGGAUUUUUCAGAAAGUCGCAUGUAUAUCUCGCGCUUGUUAGCAAAGAAGGCACAAUGGGCAAAGGAUGUUACAAGCAUUGCAUUGGACCAUACCAAUAGUGAGGAAUGGAGAGAAUUUUUUGAAACUCGGGAACCUACAUUAACAUGUAUUCUUGGUCUAAAUCAUACUAUUCUAGAUAAUGGAUUGGAGAUAUUAAUUGAAUCUUUAAAUAAAAUUAAACCUGGGGAAUCUAUCCCUUAUAAAACAGGCCAAUGGAUAUAUGCAAUACUCGCUUGCACGCGACAACCACUGCUCUCAGACACAGUGAGCAUAUUGAGAAAUUUAGCAAGAAAAUGUGCUGAAAUAAGAUCUCGCCUUAAUCCAGAAAAUGAAUCAUCAAAGGAAUAUGCUACCCCAUUAAAUGUUUUUAUAUGUUUAGUAGCCAGAUAUUUCCGACAAUAUGACUUAGCUGAUUGACCUUUGAUAAUGUAAUUUUAUUUAGGAGUUAGGUGUUCAUAUUUUAUUUUUACUAGAAAAUUUUGUAUUGAAAUGGCAAUAAAUAUUAAUGAUACAUUUA